GCUGCUCUCCCCGCCGCCGGGUCACCACCAUAAACACAGAGGCGACAACAGCAGCACCAGGUCCUCCCCCCACCCUGCCUGCAGCCGCAGCUCCGCCUCCCGGCCUCUCCCCCGUAGAACUUUAUCCUCGUUACUCGCAGCCUCUGCAUCAUCCGCGCUCCAUUCAGUUCCAUCCCCGGGCCGGAGCACCGGCUCACCCCCUCAGCUUCAGGGUGGAGCUUGCCGCUGGCCGGAUAGCUAUCUACGCUGAGCCAGGCCUGGUGGUCCUCCCCUCGCCCAGGAAGUGCUUCUGCUGAGCCGCUUGAUCCCCACGUGUCUGCAGCAUGGAGCUGGAGGAGCUGGGCAUCCGGGAGGAGUGCGGGGUGUUCGGCUGCGUCGCCUCGGGGAGCUGGCCCACGCAGCUGGAUGUGCCCCAUGUCAUCACCCUGGGGCUGGUGGGCUUGCAGCACAGGGGACAGGAAAGUGCUGGCAUUGUGACUAGCGAUGGUGGUGAUGUGCCAACAUACAAAAUGCACAAGGGGAUGGGUCUUGUGAAUCAUGUGUUUUCUGAGGAGAGUAUGAAGAAGCUGAAUUGGAGCAACCUGGGCAUUGGCCACACAAGAUAUUCUACAUCAGGGAAUUCGGCACUAGAAAACUGCCAGCCAUUUGUGGUUGAAACUCUGCAUGGGAAGAUUGCUGUGGCACAUAACGGGGAGCUCAUAAAUGCUGCUCGGCUCAAACGAAAGUUGAUGCGUCAUGGUAUUGGUUUAUCCACGAGUUCUGAUAGUGAGCUGAUCACACAACUUCUAGCUUUCACUCCUCCUCUUGAGCAAGAUCACACUCCCGAUUGGAUAGCACGAAUUAAGAAUUUGAUGAAUGAGACUCCAACAUCAUACUCCCUGGUCAUCAUGCACAAUGAUGUCAUCUAUGCGGUGCGCGAUCCCUAUGGAAAUCGGCCUCUCUGCAUCGGGCGCCUUAUCCCUGUGAAUUGUGAAGAAAAAGAAAAGAAACGAUCGGAGACAGAGGGCUGGGUGGUCUCCUCGGAGUCUUGCAGUUAUUUGUCAAUUGGUGCAGAGUAUUACCGGGAAGUCCUGCCGGGAGAAAUAGUGAAGAUUGCUCGGGAUGGAGUGCAGACUCUAGACAUUGUACCCAGACCUAGAGAGAGAGACCCAUCUGCAUUCUGUAUUUUUGAAUAUGUAUAUUUUGCACGGCCAGACUCUCUAUUUGAAGGACAAAUGGUGUAUUCAGUCCGACGGAGGUGUGGUCAGCAGCUGGCUAUUGAAGCCCCAGUUGAGGCUGACCUGGUUAGCACUGUACCCGAAUCUGCCACGCCUGCAGCUCUUGGCUAUGCCGAGAAGUGUGGCAUUAAAUAUGUAGAAGUACUUUGCAAAAAUCGUUACGUAGGACGUACCUUUAUUCAGCCAAAUAUGAGGUUACGGCAGCUUGGCGUAGCGAAAAAAUUUGGAGUCCUCUCCGAUAACUUUGUGGGGAAAAGAGUCGUGUUAAUAGACGAUUCCAUUGUGAGGGGAAACACCAUCUCUCCCAUCAUUAAACUGCUGAGGGAUUCUGGCGCAAAAGAGGUUCACAUACGUGUGGCUUCCCCACCAAUAAAAUAUCCCUGUUACAUGGGGAUUAAUAUUCCUACAAAAGAAGAGCUGAUUGCAAACCGUCCAGAAUUCAGUGACCUGGCAGGUCACAUCGGUGCAGACAGUGUGGUCUACCUCUCCGUGGAAGGACUGACGUCUGCAGUUCGGGAGGGCAUUAAAUCCUUGAAAGAACAGCCAAAUGGGAUAAAUGGCAAAACGACGCACAGCUCUUCCCAUGGCCACUGUACCGCGUGCCUCACGGGAGAGUACCCAGUGGACCUGGAGUGGUGACUCCUACCUUUUUGUGUGAUACGGCUCCUGCUGCUCCAACAGGACUGUGGUGUUUUGUUUUGUUUUUAUUAUUUAUUGGUUUUAACUGAUGGACAGCUGCUACCAAAAGCAUUGCUUACUCAAACACCAAUCCGAGCUGAUACGUGAACAGAAAAUGGUUACCAAGAGAACAUUUGAGAUUAUGAUUUAUCUUUACUAGACUGUAAAAACAAAUCACUUGUACAGUAUGUUGUCUCCACAGCGUGUCUGUUCUACCAUUUUAGAUUAGUUUAGUUUGAAGUCAGAUCUGGUGACAAACCACUUCAUUCUUUUUUUUUUUUUUUUUUUGGUCUUUGGAUCUAUAUUUUUUUUUUUUUUUUUUAAUGUAGUGCAUUUAAUGUCUUAUAAUGGUUUUUAUUCUGUUGCCUGACAAGACUGUUUAAGUGCUCACAAUAGGUUUGUAAAUCAGAACUUUCUGGUAUGACAAGAAAACCGGUUCCCUUUAUAUUUUUGUAGUGCUCUCAUUUAUUCACACAACGAUGUCUUGAGCUUUUGCUCAUGUCUUGCUGCAGCUGCUCUUCUCAACGGAAGUGAGGUGAGGGUCCUGACAGAGCAUUUGUUUUGUAGGUUAGUUAUAUUAGUUUAUUAGAAAAACAAAGCUACUUGAUGAAGAUGUAUUGGUGGGUGACAUGGCAAAAUCAGGGUCUGACCGUUCCUUCAUUUUAUCGGGUGCAUUACCUGUAGGCAAGGCCCAUGGAGGGUGUGUUAUUGCUGCAAAUGAUUAUUCUGUAAAAUACAACUGUAAAAUAGAGCAUUUUAUAAACAUGUAAACACCA